UGAGGAUCCAAGCUAAAUGUUAGCUUUAAAAUGAAAUGAAAUAGGAAAAAAAAUAAAUAAAGGAGAAAAGACACCCAAACUUCUCUCAACACGGUUUCUCCUUCUUCACCCUACUUCUUUUCCGUCAAUAAGCAAAUUGAAUCAAGGGCAUUUAUAUAAGGUGGUCAAUCUGCGCAUCAUCUCAUUUGAUUUUCUUUAAUCUAAAUUUCCCAUAAAACCUCCGAUCAUUUUCUUUGUUGUAUCUGUACUAAAAAACCCUUGCACAUCCAUUUCGCAAAUUCAUCCGAUUGCUCCAGAAAUUUUCCUCAUGUAUACUCAUAUGCUGUAGAUUCAGAAGCUGCUAAGAUGGCGUCUUCAAAAUUUCCACGACAGCCAGAGAAAUCUCAGGCAACACUUGGUAACACAGCAGCUAAAGCAGGAAAUCCUAAAGCAACUUUUUCUAGAUCUAUGCCCUCAAGCAUGUCAAAUUUGGCGAGUACAAAGUCUGCUGCAGCUUCAGCUAAGUUCUCGGAAAAUACUGAACAUCUUCAAGAAAUAAAUAGUAUAAGGAAAGCUCCUGUAGGGGCUCAGAUAAAACGUGUUAUCAACUUGCUCUUUAAGACAAGGGAAGCCUUGACUCCCGAUCAAAUAAAUAAAGCAUGCUACGUGGAUGCAAAUGGGAAUAAGGCCGUAUUUGACAGUUUAAGGAACAAUCCAAAAGUGCGUUAUGACGGAGAGCGGUUCUCUUACAAGUCCAAACAUCAGUUGCAAAAUAAGACUGAUCUUCUUCAAUUAAUUCGGACGCGUCCGGAGGGCAUUGCUGUUAUAGAUCUCAAGGAUUCGUACACAGCUGUAUUAGAUGAUCUACAGACUCUGAAAGGUUCAGGCGAAAUUUGGUUGCUAUCCAACUUCGAUUCACAAGAGGACAUAGCAUACCCAAAUGAUCCUAGAGCAUCUAUUACAGUUGAUGAUGAUUUGAAACAGUUGUUUCGGGGGAUUGAACUCCCCCGCGAUAUGCUUGAUAUUGAGAGGGAUCUUCAAAAGAAUGGGAUGAAACCUGCUACAAACACUGCUAAGAGGAGGGCUGCUGCAGAGAUUCAUGGCAUGCCUCAGAAGCCCAAGACAAAGAAGAAGAAGCACGAGAUCAGCAAGAGGACCAAGCUUACCAAUGCUCAUCUUCCAGAACUCUUCCAAACUCUUCGCGGACCGGGAUAAUGAUUGCGGGAUCAAGGUAUUGGUUGGAGGGGAUAAUCACUUCUCUCGGUGAUACUUCUGAUCUGAUUGAUCCCUACUCAUGUUUUCAUUCAUGGGGGUGUAAAUAUGAAUGAACAAGUACUGUUUGAUUCUUGAGCAGCCAAUCUUGAUUGUAUUAAAAUGUUUUAAUGUCUAUGCUGGAAGACAUUCUGUUUUAUUAAA